CUCCUCCUAGCAAAACCCAGAAAGCCACAAAACCCAAAUUCCCUUUCAAACAAUGAAGUCCGUUACAGCCGCAACGCUUCUGCUGCUCUGCCUUUUGCUCGCCUCCUCUGUUUUCGAUGUGGCAGUCGCCGCCGGCUCAGCAGGUAUGUGUGACUCCAAGUGCGGAGUAAGGUGCUCGAAAGCAGGGAUGAAGGACAGGUGCCUAAAGUACUGCGGGAUCUGCUGCGACAAGUGCCAGUGCGUGCCUUCUGGGACUUAUGGCAACAAGGACGAGUGCCCUUGCUACAGGGACAUGAAGAACUCCAAGGGCAAGCCCAAAUGCCCCUAAAAAUUUGUCAUGUGUGAUUAAUUACUCUGUUUUAUGUAAAAAGAACCUGAUGUUUUGGGUUACUCUUCUUCUUUCUUUCUUUCUUAUGUGUGUUUUGGUUUAUGUGUAUUGCUUACUACAUAUGCAUAAUUGCAUACUUCCCCUGCCUUUAUGAAUAUAAGUAAUUAGCAAUAUGGAAAAUCUUGUAUGAAUUAGAUCGAGACGUAAGACGGAGUCAGAGUGUCAGCUUCAUAAUCAUAGUCCAUAGACGGAUUCGAAGUCUUUUAUAAGGGUCGUUUGCUUGAGGGUUUUGGUGAUGGAUUUGGUCAUGGAAAUAUA